GCUCUUCCUGACGUGGCGAGCCGCUAAAGGUCCGCCGGUUCCUUCGUGGGCUGCGGCGAUUGGGUGAUUACCUGUUUGGCAAUUUUUACUAAAAAUGUAAAUACACAGGUGGCGGCAUGGGCCAGCGUUUGGUUUAUGUAAAUAAAACAGAAGUGAAACCGUGUCACUCUGUUCUGGUUUCCAAGCGCGAACAUAUUCCUCCAGACGCAAUGUUUGGCAGAUAGCUGAACGUAAGACUGCGGAUAUUAAGACGAGCACCUGUUACAUCCACUUGACGCAUGUUUGUGCCCGCAGGUGACAGCUGCGCAGUCUUCAUGCCCCAACUCACGUCCACCGCGUUGCUUCAUCUCGUGUUGCUGCUCUCCGCCUUGCCCGCCCAAUACCUCAUCUCCCGCUGGAGUGGCACCUCUGCGGCGCAGCGCUACCAUGCAACCACACGGUUCCUCAGAAUGUGGAAUGAGUGGAGAACAUCUUACCUCAAUGUUACUGCGUGGAUGGAUUGGGCAAACCAGCAUUUGUCCAAAUUCAAGUCUUUGGUUGGUUUGGGGCAGGAUGAUGAAGAGGCUCCACAGUCGUUUGCCUUGGAGAGCAUGAUGUAUGACAAUGACCAGGGAUUCUUUGGAGCCUCCAAGGAGGUGCGCAGCCCCAGGCCCCUGUAUGUGUUUCUGCGAGUCGGCGAGGUGGUGAUGGAAAGGAAAGGCCAUAUGGUUGGUGUGGUGGUGAGCUGGGACCCUGAGAUGCGAGCGCCUGCAGAGUGGGUCGACAGAGUGUAUUCCAACUCUGAGGGCACCACAGCAGUGAAUACACCUCAUUAUAAGGUACUGUUCAGCGGUCCUGGACCCUCCUCUCUGCUAGUUGCAUACUUGCCUCAGACACAACUGGAACGCAUCACAGGAAUGAGGCCGGACAUUCCCACCUUGGAAAAUUACUUCACACAUUUUGAUGGAGAACGGUUCAUCAUGCAGCCCUGGCUCAGUGAGAUCUACCCUGAGGAUGGGAUGGAGGACGCCAAAUAGACCUCUCCAACAGACAAUUUCAUCUUCUUCCUUCUAUGGUGUUCUUGAACUUGGUCUCACAGUCUUUUUUUUUUUUCGUCUUUUGGAGCCUACUGGAAUCUAGGAAUCAUGGGUUAUAAUGAGUGGAUGCAAAAUACCAAUGUUUUGCUUAAAAAUACUGUAUUAACUGACCUGUUAGUCAAAGACAGAGCUUCAAAGAGACUGAGGAUAACUGUCAAAUCCCUCCUUGCUGGAUUUCAAUGUGAGGGUGUUUUUUUGGGGAUAUUUCUCAUAGCUCAAAGAAUUACUGAGCAGUAGUACAAUCUUUGUUUCUUUGAGAUGUAUAAAUAUACAGUAUUUUAAUUUAAUGUGCCUAAAAAAAGACAUUUAAUUUCAAACAGAUCUGUUUUUAAAGGACAGAUUUGAAUGGUAACAAAGUUAUAUGGUAACAGGGAAAUUACAACUUUGCUUUGAAAAUCUGUACUUUUUCCAUUGGUUGAAGAUGGCUGAAGUAGAAAAAAAUUACCUUAUAAUAAUAAAAUAAUAUAUAAAAUA